AUAAACCUGCAGUCACCAGGCGGGCAGCUCAGUGGUACCAGGUUAUAGCUGCCAUCCUUGUGCUGUGGACCCUUCCUGCUGCACCAUGUCUCUCAUUCCAAAUCUCAUGCUCUUGACACUUUCCCUUGUUGUUGGGGACUUCUUUUACUCAGUGGACGGCUGCACGUGUGCCCCCAGCCACCCCCAGGAUGCCUUCUGCAACUCCGACAUAGUGAUAAGAGCCAAGGUCGUGGGCAAGAAGCUGAUGAACGACGGUCCAUUUGGAACAAUGCGCUACACAGUAAAACAGAUGAAGAUGUACCGUGGCUUUAAGAAGAUGCCUCUUGUACAGUAUAUCUACACAGAAUCUUCUGAAAGCCUGUGCGGAGUCAAGCUGGAGGUCAACAAGUAUCAAUAUCUCAUCACAGGGCGUGUAUAUGAGGGGAAGGUAUACACUGGCCUCUGUAACUUGAUUGAGAAGUGGGAUAAGCUGACACUUGCCCAGCGCAAAGGACUCAAUCACCGUUACCACCAGGGAUGUAACUGCAAGAUCAAGCCUUGCUAUUACCUCCCAUGCUUCAUCACCUCAAAGAGUGAAUGUCUGUGGACGGAUUUACUUUCCAACUUCGGCACUCCCGGCUACCAAUCUAAGAAUUACGUUUGCAUCAAGCAGAAGGAAGGUUACUGCAGUUGGUCCAGAGGGUGGACUCCACCAGACAAAUCCGUGAUCAACACCACGGACCCCUGAGCCUGCUCGGCACUGUGGCCCAGAAACUGUAAAAGGACAGUAACCCUGAAAUAUAUACAGCAAUGAAAUUAGUGCCUGAUUUCUUGCUAAAAUUAGCACUUGGAACACAUAAGUCUUUACCAUCAUACUGAAAGUAUAUUUUUAAUCACUCUUUUAUUUUUGUAAUUUUCUUCAAUCACCCAUUUAAGCCAGAUUGUGUGCAGGGAAAGUCUUGCUCCAUUUUCUUUUCCUUCCUUCUAUAAAUGGUCCGUUGGGCCUACUGGUAGAGACUGUAUUAGUGGAAUGUUAAUGGGUAAUAUACAUGCAGAGAAAUUGAAAAUGGACGAGCCUUGAUUUUUGGUGAAAUCCUAAUACGGUGAAACAGUGCUGUGGAUUUUGUUUUAUUUGCAGUUCAACCUCCCGCCACAAGAGGUGCUGUGUUAGACAACGAUAAUAGAUUUGCCCUCUAGGAUAUAGGGUGCAUAUUUGGGGCAAGGAGUAUAACGCAGGGGAAUGUUUUAGAUAUUUCAAUGUGAAUGAUUAAAAAAAAUUGUUGGACCAGGUCACCCUCACGCUUGUGAGAUUAUACUUAGUGUCAAGUUAGAGUGACAGUAAUAAAUGUCCGUGUGUAAUGCCUUGCAGGUCUGGGCAGAGCUAUCCAGAAAAAAAAUGGAUAAAAAAUAAGCUAUUUUAAAUGUUUAUGAAGGUUACUGUGGUCCUGGCUAUAAACUGAAGAAAGGCCACAGAUUCCGAUGCAGUGCCCUCUUGUGGCCCGGAGUUGUACAUAAUAUUUGGAGUUUCAUGAAAAACUUUUUGUAUUGCUGCCUAGAAAACACCUUUUGUAGUGGAGGUCUGUGUAUGAUACAAAGCUAGGAUCGAAUAGUUUUGAUUAGUAAGGUUAACUCAGCAUAGUUGUCAUAAAGCAGUGCUUAAUCAAUUAGUAUUUCUAAAAGUGGCUGCCCUGAAUUAGGAAAACAUGACUGCUUUCUUACAGAAACUUUUCCACAUCUGCCCAUGAAUUGUGCCUGGCACCGCAGCUCUGCUUUAUUAAAGUAAAUGAGACUGCAAUACCACACUCAACCUGUGGACAGGUGUGGCACUGAGGAGCACCUGUAUGUAUUCAGAAUAAGCCAGAUACAUAGACCAGUGAUGAGACAGGGAUAGGCUGUCAAAUGAGACAACAAAAACUGAUUGUAAAGCCAUGCUUAAUUGAUCUUAGUAAUUCGACUUUGAGCUCAUUUACCUGAGACUCGGGUCCCUUUUGCAUUUGUUUGGCAAAAAUUGGAUCGUAGGACGAAGGAACCCUUUUUUUUUUUUUUGGGCUAAAAAGGGGACAUAGCCUUAAAGUAAUAGUAUGUCCUACAGAGCCCUGCCAAGUUUAUCAUAUGCAGUUGCACCUCCAAGCCUAUAGAGGUGCUCUCAUUCACUGGUUGUUUAGCCUUUGUCAUUGAAGCAAUCUCUCUGCUGCCCCCUAGUUGUAGAGGGCUUAAGCUGCAAGUUCUUACAGUCCGUCCUCUGACACCCUAGCCAGAUUUCAUGAUCUCUUUACAUAAUAAAAAAUGUGAUCAAUUUUAUCUAAAUUAUAUUUUUUUUUAAACCUGCACUGAGAUGUAGUGCCUUGAUGUGACCCUAAAUUAUAGCUAUUGUUGUUGCUUUUUGACUGGAUAUUUUUUUAUAGAUGCAUUAUAUGUAGAUCUCUAAUAUAAAUUCUUGUUUUUUUUUUUCCAUUUCUGACAAAAUGGGUGACUAAAUAAGUUUUACUGAGAUUGUGUGACGUAACAUUUUCUGUUUAUAUAUUUUUUUUCUUAUUUAUCAUUUGUAGUGGAAACUUUUUAUUUUUAAUAUAUCUUCACUCCAUUCCAAGUAGGGAGUAGUUUUAUGCUAUUUACCAGUUUGCUACAUUAUAUCACAGAUAAGAAUAUUUUAUAAGAACAUGCUUUUUAUAUUUGCAGAAAAUAUUCUUGGUUUCCGAUACUGAGCAGUGUGUUUUAUGUCGGGUUUUUUUUUUGUAGAUAGUUAGAGAGAGUUGCAUUUCCAUAAACUUUGCUUUUGUAGUGCAAGAGACAAUUUGAUGGGUCAAACUACCACUCCCAUCAUUACAACUACAACUCAAGGCCACAGGGUGACUGAAGUUGUUUGCAGUAUGAAACCUAUGAGUCUGUAGGCCCUAAAAGCUGCCAGUGAUUCAGUGUUAAAGGGCAAGUCACAUUUUUAACUUAGGGUACUUUCACACUAGUGUUAUUCUUUUCCGGCAUUCAGUUCCGUCCUAGGGGCUGAAUACCGGAAAAGAACUGAUCAGUUUUAUCCUAAUGCAUUCUGAAUGGAGAGCAGUCCGUUC